UUAUAUGCGCGCAAGAUAGUGAUAUCUUAAUUAUUAUUAUUGUUAUUGAAUUAUAUUACUUUUAAAUAUUUGAGACAUGUGUCUUAGUUUUUUUUUAAAGUUUGAUUUAAAUUUCCGACAUAAACUGCGUAGUUUGGUAUGAAGAUUAUCAAUGAAAACAAUGAUCUUUGUUUUUAUUCUAUGUGUUUUUAUUCUAUGCAUAUCUUCUGCAACAGCUAGCCAAUAUGUUGGCCAUUCAGGAGAAAAAAAACAGUUUGUCACAAUGGGAAUGUUUGGAGGCCGCGGUAUGGAUAGCUUUAGUGGAAAUAUAGAUAAUGGGUUCGGAAAUUUUGAUCACAAUGGUGGUAUGGAGCUUAAUGAAAACAGCAUGGGAAACUUGAACCUUCAAAGUGAAAAUGACGGUGGCAUUGGAUCACUUUUGAGUGGAUCUCAGUUUGGUGGCUGGCCUUCUUCAACAGAAUCAAUGAGUACACUCGGUGGUGGUCCGGGAUACAAUUCCAUUCAACAGUUUGCACCUAAUAACCCACUUGGAUUAAAUAAUCAAGGUACUUAUGGAAAUAAUGAUCUUGGUAUUGGUCAAGAACAAUUGUCUGGGCGUGCAGAAUCUUUGUUUAAUAGUUUAAAUGAAGAUAAUGAAGGAGAUUCUCUGUUUGGUAUAAAUUCUUUAGAAGGUAAUUAUGAAACCAGCUUAAAUGAUGGCACAAACAAUGCAGGAAUUGGGCAGAUGGAUAUGAAUUCAUUUGAGGAUACAAAUAGUAAAGAAGACUCUAGCCUUCUUAAUGGUUAUACACCCCAUCAUAAAGAUACACACAAAAUUGGCAGUGAUCGUCAAGGUAUUGGAGAUGGAGGAGAAAUGCUUUCUAAUGAAAUUGGACAGUUAGAUUCUUCAGAUGAAAAAUUACAAAAGAUGUUAGAGUUUGGUCUUUCAGGAGAUAACUAUGGUGAAUCUAAUGAAAAUAAUGCAGAAACUGCGAUAAGUGCACUACUAAAUCCCCAGUAUUUAGCAGACCAAAUGGAUUCUCAGCAAUCAAGUUCUCCAGAUGAAUUGCCGAGUUUUCAACAUGAAGGUAAUUCAAAUGAACACGAUGUCAAUCAAUUAUCAAGUUCUUUAAGCGAAGGUCAUUUAGGAGAUUUAACUCCUAUCACAGUUCAUGCCCAUGCUUCUGAUAAACAAGAUAAAACACCACCUUCCCUUGAAGAAACAAGACAAACAGCAAUGCAGGUUCAAGAAACGGCUGCAAGACAUCAUCGUAAAAAAUUAGCUCGUUUAAAAAAAAGAUUGCAACAAAUAAGAUUAAAAUUGCAGAUGUUACAGGCAGAGCAGGCAAAAAAAUCAACUAGUAAUACAAAUAAUGAUCCAAAAGAAUCACGAAAUGAUGCCAUUAAAAAGCUGCUCAUCAAAAAUCUAAAACUUGCAGCAAUGAUUGCAUCAAAAGAAAUUCAACUGGAAGAAACCAAAAGUAAAAGUAUAGCUUAUCUUUCAGGAAAAAAAGAUCAAGACUCUGAUGUUUUUCAUGAUACUAACCAUAUGAAAUCAGAACCAGUUUUACAUGAAAGAGCUAAACCACUUACUGAACUUAGUAAAAAAGCAGAAGAAGAAGUUAACCAUUUAAGCAAGAAUCCAGAUUUAGAUAAAUAUAAAAAUAAUUCGCGUAAUAUACGCAUUCAACCUAACUCUAGUAUAAACAAAAUUAACUUAAAAGACUCUUCUAGACCUGAUUCAGGUGCAAAUAGAGAAAAUAGUAAUACAUUUCUUAAAAAGAUUAAUGAAACAUUGCAAAUCCUUGAUCAUACUUCACCAGAUGAGCAUACACGUUCUUCUUUAACAAGCAGUUCCAAAAGAUUUUUUAAUAAGUUAAAAAAACAAAUACAAUCUAUGUCUCCUGAUCAAGCACAAGCAAUUGAAGAGAGAGCUUUAUCUAACUUAUACAAAGCAAUUAAGAACAAAACAGAUACGUGAUGUAGAAGCAUAAGUAAAUGUGAAUAUGGAUCAUGCAUGUGAAAACACAGUAUAGUUAAACAUAUACAUAGAUACAAGUUGUAAAACAACCUCAUGCACCACUUACACCAUGCACCAUAUGCGAAGAAUUCAAAAUAAAGUUUAAGAUAUGCUUUGAGAAUGCAAAUUAUUUAAAAAAAGCUGAUUUUUAUUUAGAAAAAAGACAUGAAAAUCUUUGUUUAUAUGAACCUGGAUGACUCCUAAAUUCAGUUUUUAAAAGACAAGAAGAAAGUUCUUCUUAUAAUAAAAAAGAGAGUUGGUCAAUGCAGUAAAUUGAGUAAAUUAAUGUUAACAUAUCGAAAAGUUUUCUGUUUUUAAGCCUGGUUACUGACGAAUUCAUAUCAUUCGAUUUUCAAGAAUAUUUCUGCUUGUGUUCGAAAUUUACCCCUCUCUUUUAAUGGUUGACUGGUGGUCAGCAGUAUGACAGUCAGUCGGUAUGUCAAGAAACAGAUGUUGCUAGAAUGAUUAAUUUUUUUUAUUACUAUUGGAAUUGUAAAUAAGUAACUCGUAUUUUAAAAUGCAAAUAUUAAGUGAAUUUA